AUGGCGACCAUUGGCAAAUCACCUCGUUCCGUUAACAGGGUUAAAAGUGAACACAUCCUCACUGGACCCAAAAUGAACCGGCCUGGCACACUGAUGGCAUCAAGCACCCCGUCUAACACAAAAAUUCCCAUGUCGAAGUCCUCGAUAUCUCCACAAACCGUGAUUGAAAGAAAAACUAUCGUUUCCCGAAGAAAGAUGAUGAUCGGUGAUGCCAAAUCGCAUCUCACUUGCUCCAGUAAAUCUUCGAAAGUACGCGACAUAAUUUAUGACGAUACAUCGGACAAGUUGAACCCUUGCACGUGUGAUCCGGAGUUGGUGGGAAACAACACCAGCCAUCCAAACUGCACAUUCGUGAACAUUUGCAACGAACACAGGCGGUGUAGAUAUCACUGGAGAGAAUACUUGUGGUGGCUAUGGAGAAUGAUCGGGUGGAGCGCGAUGAUAUUGUUGGCGUGUAUUGUUGCGUUCCUAGUGUACAAUGCUGUUCUGAACGGGGGCUAUUGGAUGGCUAGUAGAAAGUUAAAGGCAAGUAUCAACGAAGAGAUACAUGUGGUGGAAGAAAGUAUGCUGCACGACGAUGAGGAAGACGAAACCGAGCUAGUGGACCAUAACCUAAUGGUGUUCAAUCCAAAAGAUUAUAGUUUAACCGAUACAACACCUAAGUUUAAUAUUCUAGAUCUAUUUAUUAUGACGCUAGAUAUUAUGAAUAUUUUUUUUGGCUGGAUUGGUGCCAUACUGUUGCCUAAUGAGCAAUAA